AUGGACCAGGAACCACGCAAUAAGAAGCAGCGCGAGGACGCUACUGACUAUGAUGAGCUAUCUGCCCACGGCCAAUUGCGCUCUGGUGCUUUCAAGUCCAACGACCGCGAGAUAUCAGAAGUUCGACGAACCAUGUUGGACUAUCACGAUAAUUACAGCGUCAGCCCCCCUACACAAACUAGCAAACAAUACGAUGCCUUGAAGGAACAAGCCCGAAUGGAUCGUGCAACAGGCUCUCCAGCUUCAGAUAUCUCCGAACAGGGUCGACGCAACGAUCCCGGGGUCACGUCGCCACUCACUCACCCUAAUGGAAUCUCAAUGUUCCCAAAAAUGUCGAUUAUAGAGCAGGAGGCCAUGUCUCGACAAGCUCUCGCCCAGGCCGAAGAAGCCAUCGUCGCAGACAGUGACGAGUACAAUUCUACAGACGAUGCUGGAUAUGGGAGUGAUAAUAUGAGCUCUGCAAGCACAUCCAUUGGUUCAUCCGUUCGGGAUUACAUGUUCGAGAAUGGUCGCCGUUACCACAGCUUUCGCGCCGGCGCAUAUAACUUCCCAAACGACGACGUGGAACAGGAGAGAGAAGACAUGAAGCAUGCCAUGGUGAGACUUCUCUCAGGUCAGAAUCUGCAUUUUGCGCCACUGGGCGACAAUCCUCAAAAUAUUCUCGACAUUGGAACCGGUACAGGAAUAUGGGCGAUCGAGAGUAAGAAUACCUUUCUUCAUGCGUUGGGCGAGCAAUAUCCCAGUGCCAAUGUUCUCGGCAUCGACCUCUCUCCAAUUCAACCAACUUGGUUGCCGCCUAACGUUCACUUCAUGGUUGACGAUGUCGAGUCUUCCUGGCUUCAUCCACAGAAUCACUUUGAUUAUGUUCAUUCCCGCCAUACCGUCCAAGCAGUCAAAGAUUGGCCUCGGCUCUUUGACAGCGCCCUAGAGCACAUGAAGCCUGGAGGCUGGAUGGAGCUCCAGGAGAUUCAUCAUUACCCCCACAACGCAAGAACAGGUGAAGCCAUCAAGCCAUGCGACCACCCAAUUGCACAAUACUGGACCUACAUCAACGAGGGUCUUGCAGCACUUGGUGUCGACUUCCCUGCCGCCGCAGGAGGCAAGUUAGCUAUCAAGAUGCAGGCAGCCGGUUUUGUUAAUGUUACUGAGCGAAUAUUCCAUGUCCCUCUUGGAACUUGGCCCAAGAAUCAAGUUCUCAAGACCGUCGGGCUCUAUUGGCGUACUAUAUUAAAUGAUGGCAUCCAGGCCAUUGCUCUCGGUCCCAUGUCCAGAGGGAUGGGAUGGAGCCGCGAGCAGAUUGAAGUCUUUCUCGUCAGUGUACGAAGGGCAUACAGCGACAACACGGCGCUACUAUACAUGCCCAUGCACAUCGUUUAUGGGCAGAAGCCGUACUAA